GAUAGCCUACCUGACUAUGUACGAAAUAGGCCUCGACGGGAACGCUCCCCGGUCACCCUAACGAACACGGACGGAUGGCAUUUCCGUCGCUUCGCCUUCCUUAUUCUAUACUUGGCAUUUAAAUGAACCUGUCAGAUCUCCGAUCUCCAUCCUGGAAUCUAUGUUUCAGCCACGACAUAUAUGCAUGGUUGUGGUCACGCUCAAGAUCCGCGUGACGUCUUCUUCAAGUAUGGUACUUGCUGCGCACAUUCAGUGCUGUGCCGAAUCUCAACUUGCGCAAGACGAAUUGGACCGGUUGAGACACGGCCAAAAUCGACUUCUCAGACUGUCUUCUCACGAACUUGGUUUGUUUGCGUCCAAGGGUUCACCUUCUCUCUCGCUCGGAUCUGCCCUUUUCGGAACCCCAGUGUCCUCGAGCCAAAGUGCUCACCAGGCUCGUUGAUCCCUAGGUUGAUUUUUCCUGCUCUGGUGGGUUCGUGUUUUGUGUUGAUUGUUCCGAGUGUGUGGUUGCGAUGUUGGGCCUAUCUCCUGUUCCACCACCGGAACCUCAA